CCUCUGACGCGGGGGGAGGGGAGGUCACUCUUUUGCUGUUUUCCUAAAAAAAAAUCUUGUCGUGGCGAAGUGCGUCAAAAAAUAUAAUCGAAUCGGCAGGUUUUUAAAAGACGUUUUGUUUGAGGUGAAAAGAGGAUCAAAUAUCGCCGCGUCCGAGGCCUUGACGGGAUUAAGAAUGUCCCAGCUGUAGGUCGAGGUGUCAGAAAGUUGGGGCUGUCAGUCUGGAAAGUUUUAUUGCUGCAGCAUUAAAGUGUGAUAAAGGUGUAUUGAGAAAAGUCUUGAGAGAGAAGAAAAGUUCUGUAGACGUCAGCUGAGGCAAUCAGCUUUCAAUAAUUUCCUCCUACAAUGGCGCAGUGGAAUCAGUUACAGCAAUUGGAUACCAGAUAUCUGGAACAACUACAUCAACUCUACAGUGACAGCUUCCCCAUGGAAUUGAGGCAGUUUCUUGCAGCUUGGAUUGAGACCCAAGAUUGGGCAUAUGCUGCAAGCAAGGAAUCACAUGCUACACUAGUGUUCCAUAAUCUCUUGGGUGAGAUUGAUCAACAAUACAGCAGAUUUCUACAGGAAUCCAAUGUUCUUUAUCAGCACAAUCUGCGGAAGAUUAAACAGUACCUGCAGCUUAUGUUUAAUCUAUUUAAAAUGUCUUUCCAGCAAGCUGGACAAUCACCACAUCACAGCUCGGUGGUAACUGAAAAACAGCAGAUUCUCGAACACAAUCUGCAGGAUGUACGGAAGAGAGUACAGGACCUUGAACACAAAAUUAAAGUACUGGAAAACCUACAGGAUGAUUUUGAUUUCAACUAUAAGACCCUGAAAAGCCAAGGAGAUGUGCAAGAUUUGAAUGGGAAUUCACAAGCAGCGACAAGGCAGAAGAUGGCACAACUGGAACAGAUGUUAACGGCUUUGGAUCAGAUGCGGAGGCAAAUAGUAACUGACUUAGCUGCCCUACUGUCUACAAUGGAGUUUGUGCAGAAGACCUUGACAGAUGAAGAACUGGCUGACUGGAAAAGGCGGCAACAGGUCGCAUGCAUAGGAGGUCCACCAAACAUCUGCCUUGACCGUCUUGAAAACUGGAUUACAUCUUUAGCUGAGUCUCAGCUACAAACACGUCAGCAGAUUAAGAAACUGGAAGAACUACAACAAAAGGUUUCUUACAAAGGCGAUCCUAUUGUUCACCACAGACCUGUUCUGGAGGAGAGGAUUGUUGAAUUAUUUCGGAGCUUAAUUAAAAGUGCUUUUGUCGUGGAGAGGCAGCCAUGUAUGCCAAUGCAUCCAGACCGUCCUUUAGUGAUCAAAACAGGUGUGCAGUUUACAACAAAAGUGAGGUUACUCGUUAAAUUUCCAGAGUUGAAUUACCAGCUUAAAAUCAAGGUUGCCAUUGAUAAGGAUUCUGGAGAUGGUUCUGCACUGAGGGGGUCACGAAAAUUCAACAUAUUGGGCACUAAUACAAAAGUUAUGAAUAUGGAAGAGUCAAACAAUGGAAGCCUGUCAGCAGAAUUUAAGCAUUUGACCCUCCGAGAACAAAGAUGUGGAAAUGGAGGCAGAGCUAGUAGUGAUGCUUCCCUCAUUGUGACUGAAGAGCUGCAUCUAAUAACCUUUGAGACGGAAGUUUAUCAUCAAGGACUUAAAAUUGAUUUGGAGACGUCUUCACUGCCAGUUGUGGUAAUCUCCAACAUCUGCCAGAUGCCAAAUGCUUGGGCCUCAAUCCUUUGGUAUAAUAUGCUAACCAAUAACCCAAAGAAUGUGAACUUCUUCACAAAACCACCAGUUGCCACAUGGGAUCAGGUCGCAGAGAUUCUGAGUUGGCAGUUUUCUUCCACCACAAAAAGAGGUCUGAAUAUGGAGCAACUAGGGACACUGGCUGAGAAAUUGCUUGGUCCUGGUGUCAACUACUCUGGGUGCCAAAUCACUUGGGCAAAAUUCUGUAAAGAGAAUAUGCCUGGCAAAGCAUUUUCAUUCUGGGUAUGGCUGGACAAUAUCAUAGACUUAGUGAAGAAAUUUAUUCUUUCUCUGUGGAAUGAUGGGUAUAUCAUGGGCUUCAUAAGCAAAGAAAGAGAGAGAGCUUUACUGAAUGUGAAACCCCCAGGCACUUUCCUACUUCGAUUCAGUGAGAGCAACAAAGAAGGAGGAAUCACUUUUACAUGGGUGGAAAAGGACAUCAAUGGAAAGACCCAGAUCCAGUCUGUGGAACCAUACACCAAACAGCAACUAACCAAUAUGUCUUUUGCUGACAUUAUCAUAAGUUACAAGAUCAUGGAUGCUACCAAUAUCCUUGUGUCACCACUAGUGUAUUUGUACCCUGACAUUCCAAAAGAAGAAGCAUUUGGAAAAUAUUGCUGCAGUGAACCUCAAGAAGCUAUUGAUCCCAAUGAUCCAGAAACAUUUGCAUACCUGAAGAGAAAAUUCAUUUGUGUGACACCAACAAAUUCUGGCAACACAAGUGACCUUUUCCCAAUGUCUCCACGUACACUGGACUCUUUAAUGCAUUGUGGAAGCAAUAAUGAAGGACCUGAACAAGGAGCAGCAGGUGGCCUUGAUUCCAUUACUCUGGACAUGGAGUUUGGCACAGAAUGUGCUGCUUCUCCAAUGUAAAUUCUGUCCACCUUUUAGGCAAAGCAGGAUCUGUUAUCUUGGUUAUAUCUUCAGUAUGAUUAACCACUAGUUAUAAUAGUUUACAUCGUAAUUUGUUUAUAUCUAUUGUCUUUUGAAAUUUAAGUGCUUUGAUAAUGUUACUAUUUACUUGCAUAUAAUGCUUUUACCAUAUUGUAUCAUGUUCAUUUCCAGCUGUUUAUUUCAAAUCUAAUACAACCAAGAAAGAUUUGUUUCAUACUGGUUCAAUGCUUCAACCUGGAUCCUAUUAGCCCCUGCAUUGGCAAAUGGUUCAAAAUGAAAUAAACUUGUCUGCAGUAUGUUGCAAGACUCUGGUGCACUAGGGCAUUAUGCUACCCUUGUAUAUUGUCCUUAUUCGUAUGGAUUUAUUAAUUGUAUGUUCUCAACGGUUUCAAGUAUACAGUCUCACCACGUGGUGGGAUUAAAAGUAAAUCAUCAGAAGCAUCUCCACUGUCUGAAUUCAGCAAUGAUUUACUGACGAAACAGAUGUGGACUACAUUUCUGCGUCUUGACCCUGGUGCAUCUUGUUUGGCAAUUGACUCUCAGGUGUGUGUAAACCAACUGUUUGCGCAUGACCAGUGUUUUGAACUGCGUUUUAAAAAUGUUUUUAUUCAUCCUCUGAACAUGAACAGCCGUGGGAGACGGGCAUGGAUUAUCAAUACCUAGUUGCCGUGAAAAGACAGUGGCAUACCUUUCUUGGACUGCUAUAUCGGUUUGAGACAGCUGAGCAGAUUGUUAGGUCAUUCUAGAGCAUGUUUGAAUCAAUCAUGUUGGUAUGGACUUGUACUUGCACAUAAGCCAGACUGAGUGAGAGUAAUAAAUUGUUUGCCUUAAAGGAUGCUAGGGAAUCAGUUGGAUUUUUAUCGCACCCAAAACCAAACUGCUGACGUCGCUUACAGAUACCAGCUUAUUUCCAUGUGUUUUUAUUAACUGAAGUCAAAUUCUGUAACAGCUAUCAUGGGCAUUCUAUUUGCAUGAUCUGGAUUGUUAAUCCAGGCCUGUACUGAAUAGAGAUGAGAAAAAGAGAUGGAUGCUGAAACUGGACUAUAUGGAAAAGGUAUCAAUUAUCUUGUUGAUAAACUGCACCUUCUGUGACUAUUCAGUAGUUCUCACAAGGGAAGCAUAUUGCCAUGAUGCAUUGGACGAGCUGACUACUCAAUUUAUUUUAAAAGUCAGCUGAAUUUUCUUUGCAUGACUGGAUAUUGUAAUGCAUUGCUAAAUUUAGCAAUAAAAUGGGAUUUUUAAUGUAGCUCACCAUUAGGUAAAUCAGUAAAAUUGUUCUCAAAAGUAGAUUUGUUUUUAUAUUAAAAGCAUUUUUUUUGUUAUUGUUGCAAUUCUUAAACGAGGUUCUAAAAGACAACUAUAUCUGUGGUAUAUUUCCACCAAAGGAAGAGAAGAACUUAAUGUAUUAAUAAACUUAGAAAUGAUUAAACAUGUAAUUUGCAUUAAAUUGUGGGGAAUUGUAUUAUGUCUGGGAUUUGUACCUUUUUAGAGUGGUAUUGUUGGAGCUGAACAAUAACAAAAACUGUUUGAACUAUCCUGGGCCAGAAGCAGAAGAUUAUAAUUCAACAAGGUCUGCAACCAUUCUGUCUUUCAAUGAAGUAAUAUUUAUCAUGCACAGAAGUAUAUUCAGAGCAAUGCUUGAUCUGACUGUGGGAAUGCAUUUUCAGAAUUCUUGAUGGUGUUCUCAAACUUGAGAUUGAUUGAAAUAAAUGGAAUGUGCAAGUGAAAUGCUACAUAUGACCAUGUCUUUUGACACAAGUGCAUUUUAAAAGCAAAAAAGAUUUUGCUAAUAAUCAAUCAGUAUUUUCAUUUCCCCUGUGUAAAACGUCUUUGCAGAUGACCACACAGUAGUGUGUAUAAUUCCAAUGAGUAUGCAUUGUACUACCAUAUGGAUAAUGUUGCCUUAAACAUAUAAUCAUGAAUUUUGACUUUUAACUCAGAAAUCCAUGAUUAAGAUACUCCGAAGCAAUUUUUAAUGUAUCUUUGUGUAUUUUUCCCCAUAUGUUACUAGAGAGGGAAGAAAUAUUUUACAAGUUUGAAAGAUUUUCUUGAUCAGGAAGCUAAAUUCAUUGGGAAAGUAAUUAUUUAACAGAGCUACUACACCGGUGUCCAGAUUUGAAUUCAACUGGCUUGAGUAAAUAAGAAACUUUUUUUUACACCUCAUUUCCCUGAUUCAGUAUAAGGCAGUAAUAUUUAACUGUACUGUAAAGCCAAUUGUAUGCAUCUGCUUUCUUCAAAAAGGAUUUACUUUUCAGAAGUAGGGAUGCAUAUUUCUAUUCCCCGAAUUGUAUAUUGAGAAAAGAAUGUAGGAUGUAACAAAUUCUAAAAAUGAUUGAAUGUCAUUAAGUUGUAAAGCGUUCUAAGACAAUGCAUCCAAUUCUAAUUUCAGUGUUUUUGUUUCUAAGUUUCAUUUUUGAAAUGUAUGUUUGACUAUAUUCAAGAUGUGUAUAUGAAAAGUGUGUGUAAAUGAAAAAGGCAACGUUCAUAUAUGCUGUAAAUCUCCUUAUCCUUUUACUGAUUAAAAGGCAAAGCUUUGCA